UUGGUAUGGGUUUAAAAUUAACUAUCAUUGUAUUCAAAAUUGUUUCUACAUUUUCUAAAAAUGUAUUUAAACAAGUUUUUUUUAACUAUGUAUUAAAACUAGGCAGAUUUUUUUUCUUUUUAGAAUGGAGGGAGUUACUGAAGAUGAAUUUAGAGAAAGGCUUAAAAACAUGAAAGAAGAAGGAUUGAAAAGAACUGCUGAAAGGGAAAAGGCCAGAAAGGCAGAGUUACUUCAAUUGGCUACUAAAAGAAAAGAGCAACGUGUCAGUUUGGAGAAAAAAAGGAUUAUGUUAGAAAAAGAAAGUAAGGAAAUUGAGGAGCUAAGACAAAAGUUAAAUGAAGAUUUCCGAAAAUUGAAGGAAGAGAAGAUAAAAUUAGCAGCUGAAAAAGAAAAACUUAAUAUGAAUAAAAAGGAAAGUAAUGUUGUUGAUGUUGGAAAAAACCCAACAAAAAAAGAAGUUUACGUUGAACAUAUGCAAAGUACUUCCAAACGACAAGCAAUGAUUGGUAGUUCUAAGAAGAAUAAAACCAAAAAGAAGAAAACUCCUACACUUAACUUAAAACAAAUUGAGGAAUUACGUAAAAAGGACAGAGAUAGAAAGAGAGCUGAACGAGAGAAAAUUAAGAAUGAUCCUGAAAGAUACCUUGAGUACCGUUUGAGAGAAAAACUUAGAAAUGAUCGAAGAAAAGAAAGUGGACAAAUAAAGCCUAUUUCAAAAAUGGAUAGAAGAAGUGCAAAUGCUCAAAGAAAGCAGUGGAGAGAGAGACAGCGAAGACAUAGAUUACGACUGAACAGAGAGAAAGCACUUGAUACCCCCCCUAGCUCACCUGAAAACCAGGUUGUUAUAGCAAAACCACGUGAAUCCAGGCAAAGUGUUUCAGGAAUGAAGACUAUACAGAAAAAUAGAUACAAGGAAAAGAAGCAUAUCCAAGAGUUAAUGACACAACAAAAGAAAAGAGAACAGCAAAUUAAUAUGUGGAAAAAGAGGUUUUUUAGAGAAAAGGCAAAGAACGCAGCAUCUCCUUCCCCAAAAAAGUUGGCCAGUCAAAUUGUAAAAAAGGGUCCAAAAGAGGUUUGCCGCCAGCUAAUUUACGGAUGUGCUCUUCAAAAACAGUUAAAGAAGAACAGUGAAACAUGUACAACCAGAAAAGAAAAAAGAGAAAUUUCAAAGUUUGUCAGUGGUCCGGUGAUUAAAAAAGCUGGCUUGAUGAAAAGAUUGUCAAUUGACAGCGUUUCUAUUCACCUACAACGUAGGUAUGCAGUCAAACGAGAUAUUACUGACCAGAAAUCUCGUGUAGGAAGAAUACAAAAAAUCAGAGGCCUCGUAAUUAAAUAUUUUCUUGAUGACGAAAACUCUGUACAAGCUCCAGGAAAGUCACAAUGUAUUACACGCAAGAAAGUAAAAAAGCAAAAGCGCUUCUUGUUGGAUUCAGUACGAAAUCUUCAUAAGAACUUUGUUUCUAAGACUGGGAUUAAGAUAAGCUAUUCCUCUUUUAAUAUGUUGAAACCUUUUUGGGUUGUUGCGCCAAAAGAGAAUGACAGAGAUACUUGCAAGUGUGUAAAACAUGCUAACUUUGACCUAAUGAUAAGACCUCUGGCAAGAAAUCAUAUUCUAAAAGUAAAGAGUACAAAAGAAGUUUUAAAAAAUAUAGCUUGUUCUGUAGAAUCGAAGGAUUGCAUGUAUGGUACCUGUGAUAAAUGCAAAUCCAAAUCAAUUAAAGACAGUGCCAUGGAUUUAACAAAUGUAAAUGUUGAAGACGAGAUAACUUACUGCAAGUGGGUUAGGAAAAAAGUUGACAAGAUUAAAAAAGGAAAACCAAAGAAUGAAUCAACUAUAAGAGAAAAUGAUGCCGGUAACGUUAGUGAAAAUAAGAAUGUGACACAGUGCACGAUUGUGGUAAAAGAGAAAAAAAGGUGUAAGAUAAGAUACCUGAUUGACCAAUUAAACAGCUACCUACCUCAGUUCUGUAUUCAUGUAUACAAUGCGUACCAUCAACGUGUAUUCUUGAAUGGAGCGAAAAAAGAUCUCAAGACUAACGAAAUCUUAAUAGUUGUUGAUUGGAGCGAAAAUUAUUUGUGCCGCUACGCUGAAGAAAUCCAAAGUAUGCAUUUCGGAGGUUCUAGGUCACAGAUUUCACUUCAUACUGGGGUUUUGUAUACUAAAGAAUCGAAAGUGAAGGCUACUUCAUUCUGCACCAUAUCCUCCUCCAAGUAUCAUGGCCCAUCUGCCAUUUGGUCGCAUUUAGAGCCCAUUUUAAAUCUAAUUAAAGACAAGUUUCCAAAUGUAGACACACUUCACUUCUUUUCAGAUGGUCCAACAGCGCAGUACCGCAACAAAGAAAAUUUUUACUUAAUGGCAAGGUUUGCUUACGAUUUUAACUUCUGGAAAGUGUCCUGGAAUUUAAGUGAAGCCGGUCACGGCAAAGGAACAGCUGACGCAAUUGGAGGAGUUGUUAAAAGAACGGCUGAUUCUAUCCUUCUAAAGCAAACCGACAUCAUUGAUGUGCAUUCUUUUAAAGAAGCUGUUUCUUCUCUUGGAGUUUUGAUUUACGUGGUAGAUGAAACAAAAAUAUCAGCAACUGAAAAAGGGUUACCAUCAUGUCUUACAGCCAUACCAAAGACAAUGAAGAUACAUCAGAUUACAUGGGCUAGGACAAAUCCUCAAACACUUGGAGUAAGGCUGUUAUCAUGCAAAGAUUGUACUGGAAGCAUAAUUUGUUCCCACUUCCCAAUUGACUCAGGGAAAUUUGAAAUGCCUAACAGCAUUAUUGCUGAACGAAAGACUUCCAUUCCGAACAAUAUUCUUACCAAUGAUGUGACGGUGUUUCCCACCCCACUGCCAGUGUUCCAGGAAACUAAUGAUAUGGAUUCUACUACUGCGCCCAACACAACUGAAAAUGUCCAGCCUGGAGACUGGGUUUCAGUGAUAUACGACAACACCUGGUACCCUGGAGUUGUGGAAGAAGUCACAGACCAAGACAUGACAAUCAACUUUAUGAAACGUUCCGGAACUUUUUUCGUCUGGCCAACCAAGCUCGACAAACAAAGUGUCCCCCUAAAUGGAAUUUUGAGCACCUUAAAUCCGCCCAUAAAAGUUUCCUCAAGGCUGUUCAAAGUUGAAAACAGUGAUGAAAUCGAUCAAUUGUGUUCAAUUUAUGUUGAUUAGUAUCACAUAAGUGUAGUGUUCAUUAUGAGCUUUAUAAGCUCAUGCUUUAUAAGCAUUCUUAUAAAUUACUGUAGAAGGAACUAAGAAAGUACUAAGAAAAUAGGAUGUUUCUUAAGUAACGAAUGUUAUUUUCUUACAUUUAAACUUGU